AUUGAUAACGAUAUCGAACGUGGCCUAUUGUGAAGGUACGUGUCUCGCGUUUCAGCAUUGACGGAAAAACACUCUGACUUAUUAUAACUUUAAUACCACAAAUGAAUACAGUCAUCCCUAUUUUUACUAAAGGUUUCAGAGCUUUCUAAAGAAGAACGCAACUGAACUCAUCUCAGUAUACUGCAGGAGUUGUGCAAAAUGUUGCGUACAGGAAUUGUUUCGCUUGGAUACUUCCUUAUUCUUGUACUUCCAAGUUUUUUUGUUUGCCCGACACGAGGUUGUGGUGACUGUUGCAGCACCACUACUUACAAAUCGAUCAACGAGCCCCGCCGUAGUACGAAAGCUGUUUGGAAAGCUGGAGAAAAGCCUUUUUGUGAUCGAGCUCUGCGAUGGGGAUGGUAUCGCUUUACAAGCUAUACUGGCGGAAAAAUCCCAGAAUGGAAGGUGCCGGAGGAUCACUGUGGUACACAAGCUCCAGUUUGGCUGAACGGAAAACAUCCAGAAAUCAAAGGAGAAAAUGUGGUUCGCGAAGCAUGCAUCCACGUCUUUGGUGACGGUUGCUGGGAGCGGUUUGAUAUCAACAUAACGAACUGUGGCGAUUAUUUCGUUUACUACCUUAGGCCAGCUUACUACUGUGCCGUCGCUUAUUGUGCAGGUGACAAGGAACCGUGCCCCUAUGGAAAGGAAGGAGUAUACCCUGAUUGUUUCGACCCACCUCAGGAGUUUUCAAGUGAAAACCUUGGCGAUCCUGAGAUUUCCUUCAAGCCGGAUGAUGAAAAUGUUGAAGUCACCCUACUUUGUAGAGUCAAAGUGCUUAAUGGAAUCGAGAACUGGAGAAACGUAUCUUACAAAAUCGAAUGGUUUGCUGAAGGAGUAUCUUUAAACGAGGAUGAAAUAUGCGGCAAUCUCCCCAAAGGGGAGGUAAACGCUAAGCCUUGCCCAGGAAAUGCGGGAGAGCUUGUUUCGAGACUGUCAGGAAAAAAGUAUAAGAUUAGCCAGUGGAUAUCUUGUAAUGUCUCUGCGAAAUUUACCACCUCUCCAAGAAACGUUUGGUCGAACCCGAAGGCAGUUAUGGAACCAUUCUAUGUGGGACUACAGUUUUAUCCCAGGACUACUAGACUGAAUUUUAUCACUCAAGUCACUUGUGGCCUAUCCAUCAGUACGAUAACUAUUACCCCAACAAUACCGGCACGUCAAAAUGAAAAUAAAGAAUGGCCAAAGAUAAGUUUCUGGCUACCGCCUGAGAUUCAACUAGUAGACCAAAGUCAAUGUGACACUGAGCUGAGGGGAACACAAGAAAUCACACUACGAAUAAAGGCAACUUGUCCAGCAGCUGGAGCCACAGAAGGUCUGAAAGCUAUAAUCCCGCAUAUAGCUAACUUGCAUAGCAAAGUUUGGAACUCAAAAGUUAGCCUACCAGCAAUAUGGGUGAAUGUCUUCAAGCCUUCGGACACUAUACACACAUGUAGAUCGUUUGGGGGUCCUCAUUUUACUACACUGGAUUGGAAUUCAGGAUACUACAAUUUUAUGGGGCUUGGUGAUUAUAUCAUGUACAGAAAUACAGAGAGGAACUUUGAGGUAAGAAAUAUAAUUUUUUUACGAUGGUCAAGCUGCUCGCUUGUUCAAUAAUGCCAUAAAAUUAAAUUUAGACUAAAAGUAAUAAGAGAUUAUGAGAGUGCGUUCGACGCUCUCACUUUAAUAUAUAAAU